AUGGCGGGCCCGGGGUCGCGGCCACGGAGCUGGGGCUGGCGGGAGACGGGCUCUGGGGAUGAGGCUGUGGCCGGUGGACCCGGCCAGGGACUAUGUCGCUGCGCACAGGGGAGGCGGGCGCUGGCCGCCCCCCGGAAGCCGGCUGUGCCCGCCGCGUGGACAUCCUUCAUGGCGGCGGAGGAAAUGCAUUGGCCUGUCCCCAUGAAGGCCAUUGGUGCCCAGAAUCUGUUGACCAUGCCUGGUGGCGUGGCUAAGGCUGGCUACCUGCACAAGAAGGGUGGCACCCAGCUGCAAAUGCUCAAAUGGCCCCUUCGCUUCGUCAUCAUCCACAAGCGCUGCAUCUACUACUUCAAGAGCAGCACCUCUGCCUCCCCUCAGGGUGCCUUCUCCCUGAAUGGCUACAACCGAGUGAUGCGGGCAGCCGAGGAGACGACAUCCAACAAUGUCUUCCCAUUCAAGAUCAUUCACAUCAGCAAGAAGCACCGCACGUGGUUCUUCUCAGCCUCCUCUGAGGAUGAGCGCAAGAGCUGGAUGGCCUUGCUACGCAAGGAAAUCGGCCACUUCCAUGAGAAGAAGGAGCUCUCUCUAGACACCAGUGACUCUAGCUCAGACACGGACAGCUUCUACGGUGCAGUGGAGCGACCUAUAGAUAUCAGCCUCUCUCCAUACCCCACAGACAACGAAGACUAUGAACACGAAGAUGACGACGACUCGUACUUGGAGCCUGACUCCCCAGGGCCCAUGAAGCUUGAGGAUACCCUGACACAUCCACCAGCCUACCCACCACCCCCUGUGCCUGUACCUCGGAAGCCAGCCUUCUCUGAUUUGCCCCGUGCCCACUCUUUUACCUCCAAAAGCCCAAGCCCCUUACUUCCACCCCCACCCCCUAAGCGAGGCCUUCCAGAUACUGGCCCUGCUCCCGAGGAUGCUAAGAAGGACCCACUGGGCCUGAGGCGAGCAGAUCCUGGCCUCAGGGUGCCUGCUACCCCUCGGAGAAUGAGUGACCCUCCACUGAGCAAUGCUCCCACCAUGCCCAGCCUCUGGAAACCUUGCUUCCGAGACAGUAUGACCCCCAGCCCGGAACCCUGGACCCCUGGUCACGGGACUAGCUCUGGCUCCAGCUCCACUGCCAUGGCCAUUGCCACCUCUAGGAACUGUGACAAACUCAAGUCCUUCCACCUGUCUUCCCGAGGGCCACCCACAUCUGAGCCCCCACCCGUACCUGCCAAUAAGCCCAAGUUCCUGAAGAUAACUGAAGAAGCUCCUCCAAGGGAGGCAGCCAAACCCGGACUCUUUGUGCCCCCUGUGGCCCCCAGGCCUCCUGUACAGAAGAUGCCCAUCCCUGAGACUACAGUUCGGCCUGCAGUGCUGCCUAGACCAGAAAAGACACCUCUCCCCCACCUCCAGCGAUCACCCCCUGAUGGGCAGAGUUUCAGGAGCUUCUCCUUUGAGAAGGUCCGGCAGCCCUCCCAGGCUGACACUGGCGAGGAGGACUCGGACGAGGACUAUGAGAAGGUGCCGCUGCCUAACUCAGUGUUUGUCAACACCACAGAAUCCUGCGAGGUAGAAAGGUUGUUCAAAGCUACGAAUCCCCGGGGAGAGCCUCAGGACGGGCUGUAUUGCAUUCGGAACUCCUCCACCAAAUCCGGGAAGGUCUUGGUUGUGUGGGACGAAACCUCUAACAAAGUGAGGAACUAUCGUAUCUUUGAGAAGGAUUCUAAGUUCUACCUGGAAGGGGAGGUUAUGUUUACAAGUGUGGGCAGCAUGGUGGAGCACUACCACACUCACGUGCUGCCCAGCCAUCAAAGCCUGUUGCUACGCCACCCAUAUGGCUACACUGGGCCCAGGUGACAUCCAUUCCACACAGCUGUUGGGUGGAAGCAGCUGCCGGGCCACAGCCGGGCCACAUAGAUGGAGACCUGCUUACAUGGGAAGAUGAGCAGGAGUGGGCUUGACGGCAGACCUCAUCAACAAGACUCCUAGCUUCAAUGGAUAGGCUGGGUCCCAAGCUGGAGCAGACCACAACCGUGAAGAGGGCUGGCUGGCCCAUCCAGCCCCUGCACGUACCACCUCUCAAGACUUCAGGGCCGAUGACUAAGUUCUGCCUGGCCUUUCGACGACACAAAAUCCAGUCCACAUGGCAUACCCACCCUGUAGUGGGCUGGGACCAAGCCAGGCUGGGGUAGUUGGAUGGGGCCUAAGGCUGGUCCUAGGACCCAUAGAAAUGCGAAGACACAGUCUCAAGGAGGGACGACUGCCUCUUAAUAAAUCAGAGAUAACCCUUGUCUCGAUAGCCAGGGUUUGCUUGGCACUGAGGGGACAGCAGGCUCCACUGAGCGUCACCAGUGUCCAGGUAGAGAGCUACUGACAGCAGCCAUGAUGGGUGAUCUUUAGUCUUCCAGGGCACAGGCUGCUAGGUGAACUGACUGGGGGUCAUAGCUAAAUAGCACGAUCCAUCGGGAUCAGUCAGUUGGGCUGGAGCUGCAGUUACUGAGUGCUUCCUGUGUGCCGGAGCUGGUGCUGGUGCUGGUGCUGGCUGUGGUCUGUGUGCAGCCCCUGGUCCGGCUUGGCCGAGCUUAGUCUAGAACAGGUCAGCGAGUGUGAGAUGCUCUUGACGGCGCAGUGUCCUGCGAAGCCGUGCAUGGAGGAGCCAGGAGCUUGGAAUGCAGUGGGAGGUUCAAAGAAGACGUCUAACAGGAAGUGUUGAUUAGAGUGGGGGGGGGGGGGCCUGGAUAGGCCAAGGAGGGGAGAUAGUCACAUCCAGGUGCCCAAGUAGUUUGGGUGGUCCCAAUUGGUCCCCUCAGUGUCUGCUAUGAAAUUCUGCCAGGCCACACCCUGGUAAGCCAUCUCACCUGGACGUUUUUGUGAAAAUAAAUGCAUCUGGAGGUCAGGGCUGGCAGAGACCUUGGCGUCAUCUGGCCUUCACUGUACUUUCUGUUGGAGAAGGGUUUUUUUAAUCUUUAUUUAUUAUUUUAUGCGUAUGAGUGUUUUGCCUACCCGUAUGUGUGUAUCGUGUGUGCCUGGUGCCCCGGGGGACCAGAAGAACAUGUCACAUCCCCUGGAACUGGAGUCAUGAGUGGUUGUGAAGCUGCCACAUGGAUACUGGGAAUUGGAUCAGGGUCCUCUGGAAGAGCAGCUAGAGCUCUUUACUGUUGAGCCAUCUCACCAGCCCUAGCGGAGAAGGUUUCUUACCUAGAACCCAGAUCAAGGACUGUAUUGGUGCCCAGUAGCCAGGGACUGGCAUCCAGUGAGAAAGGCUUUUGUUUGGAACCCCAAAUUCUGGCUGUGUUUUGGAGUCAUGUGGUUGACUAGGUGAGUCAAAUUUGUGGAAGUAGAAGGCUGUGGCCCCAGGGCAUCAUGGGGCUCAGUGAAUGACAGACAUUGGAUUUCAGUGGCCAUCUGCUUCCAGAAACCAAAGUCUACCUCCGUCUUGGCAGAGUUUCCUUUCAGCCUGCCAGGGGAGAAAGAUCAGGAUGCCAUGGUCACUAUGAUUACAGCGUCCAUUCUGUAAAAUACGAAAAAGGACUGGAUGAGAAUAGGUUUCGAUCCUGUGCCUACGAGUCUGCCGAGUGUGAACUGGGCUGCAGUUCACUGUUUUGGGGGUCAGCCCAGUGGCCAACAUGUAUGUCAAGCCCUGGGCUAGAGGAUUUAGGGGUUCUUUGACCGGCAGCCAUGUGAUGGAUUAGCCUAACUGAACAGUUGAGGUCUAUGGAUGUCCAAGGCCCACCUAGGGGUUUCAUGUAGCCUCAUCUUACCUCUCAGGACUCUGGACCGGCUGCCACAGCUGACCACCUCUUUCAAGUGCCCCAAGUCCAGGGUGUAGACUGCAAGACUGUGUGUAGGGGAUGAUGGGAGUCCUGGUUGUGGUCCUACAGCCUGAAAAAGGAAUUCAUAAUGUGAUGGUUACCAUGUAUUGAACACUUCCAACGUUUAUGGUACAGAGGUGGGAAAAUAAACCCAUUUUUAAGUGGGAGAACUGAGGCUCAGAGAAGCCUGAGUUCAAGUCCCAGUUUUGCUACUCACUGUCAUUUGAAUCUGCCCCUGCUCCCUGACACUCCUCUUAGCCACCACUGAUCAUGGAAGUCUGGCCAGCUCUUUUUACCCCCAGAGCUCUGAAGGUGC